AUGCCCAUGGAAACUGUGAAGGUGAUCAGUAAUAUUCAAAUAAAACCACCAAACAUCAUGACUCACCACGAUGUUUCAGCUAAUUCAAUGAAAAUUGAUAUGUGUUACGAGUCAGUGCCAAAUACAUCUUCUCAGGAAAUCACGUUAAGAAAGCGACCAUUGUCUGAUUUGAGCCCUUCACUCAAUAUUCCCCAAUCAAAUAAAAGGAAAUGUGUCGCGCAUAAGUAUGUACAAACAUCAAGAGGUAAAGAAAAUAGUCAAAUAAAAAGAGAAGUUAAAAUUCUUAAACAAAAGUUAAAACGCAGAGAUUUGAAGAUUACGUCGAUGAAAAAUCUUCUUAGUGUAGUGAAAAAAAAGGACUAUGCAUUAUGA